CCACACCCAUACCCACACUCACACCCACACUCACACCCCAUACUCAUAGAAUCAUAUAUUGAAUCAUUAAAUUCGAAAAGAACAAGUAUAAAAUUUACAUGUGAAUAUGAGGAAGAUGGACAAAUAAAUUUUUUAGAUACAACAGUAACUAGAAAUCUUAAUGAAAAUAAAUUAGAUAUAAGACGGAUUCGUAAACCAAUAGCAAGUGAUCGAUUUUUAAAUUUUCAUUCGAGUCAUCAUCAUUCAAUCAAAUUAAAUAUUAUUCAGAAUAUGACACAACGAAUAAUUAAUACAACAAGAAAUAAUGAACAACAGCAAAUCGAUUUAAAUAAAUUGAAACAAAUUGUUAAUCAACCAAACCUCAAUGAGUUAAAUAAUAAACAGAAACCUGAAACAAAAUUCACAUUAUCACUUCCAUAUGUAAAAGGAAUGGAAGUUCUUAAACGUAAACUAGAACAAAUUGGGAUUAAAUUAUAUUUUGGACAUCCAUUAAAAUUAAAAUCUUUAGUGACAUUGAAUAUAAAACCUCAAUCAAAAUCAAUCGUAUAUCAAAUGAAUUGUAAUUGUAGCGCGAUAUACAAUGGAGAAACAAAAGUAGGUUUAACAGAUAGAAUGAAACAAUAUGAAACAAAGAUUAAAGAAAAUAAUAUAAACUCAUCCUCAGAAAUAGUAAAACAUCAUUAUAUGAAAAAUAGACAAUGUUCUAUUGAUCCAAAUAGAGCAUUUAUUAUUGACAACGAAAUAAACUAUUGGAAACGAAGAAAAAAAGAAACAAUCUACUCGAAUCCAUCAACAAAUAUGAUUCAAUAG